AUGAUGGAGACACGCUUGACACAAACGACGCAGUUGUUCCAGCUGUCGUCGUGCAAGAGGUCGGGCUACCUGCAGACGAGAUGCUUGAUGCGACCGAUGCAGUUGUUUCAGCCGUCGUCACACAAAAAGUUGGCCUACGUGCAGAUGAGCUAGAAGCCAUCAACACAGGAACCGACAGUGGGAAUGGGCAUGGAACUCACAGAUUUGCUACAGAUCUCAACAUACCCACUGCCUCUGCAAACUCAGACCUGAGAAGCCUA